CCUGGCACGUAUGUACGUGAGGCGAUUCGAUAAUAAGGCAUGAGUUUUUCACAUCGUACCGGAAAAGAUGAAGGUCUUGGAUGCAUUUUUAGUCAUCACUCUUAGUAUAUUAUGUGGUGCCCAAAAAAUUGAGGUACAUAACGGUGUUUCUGUGCUAACACAAGAAAAUUUCAAGGACUUUAUUAGUAGCAGAGACUACGUUCUCGUAGAUUUUUAUGCACCAUGGUGUGGUCAGUGUCAAGAUCUGGAGCCAGAGUAUGCCAUGGUGGCGCAAACUUUAGCACUAUCAGAGUCGCCAGUUGAACUUGGGAAGGUCGAUGUGACAGAAGAAGAGUCGUUAGCCGACGAUCAUAACAUUAAGGUGAUUCCAACGCUCGUACUUUUCAAAAAAGGAAAAACGCGGGCUGAGUAUACAGGCGAACUUGUCGCUGAGAAAAUCGUCGAAUGGCUGACUCGCCGUUGUGGACCACCGGCCCAAGAUCUCCAAGGGGUUGAAAAUGUCCAAGCGCUAAUCGAGGAAUUCGAUGUGGUUGUGAUUGGUUUCUUCAAGGAUCAGUCUUCGAAAAAUGCCGAGGUGUUUCUUGAGUUUGCUGAUUCCACGUUUUCGGUUCCUUUUGGAAUAACAUCGGAUGAAGACAGUUUUGCAGAGUAUUCAGUGAAAAACGGCGACAUUGUUCUCUUCAAGAAGUUUGAUGACCGGAAAGUGAAGUUCGGGGGAGAAUUAAAUGUAAAAGGUCUUCAGACAUUUUUAAGGGAGGAGUCUCGUCCUCUUAUCUCGGAAUUUGAACCCGAUCUUCUUGAGACCGACGGCGUGAGAGGGUUCGUGUUGUUAUUUUUGGAUAAACUAAGUGAAGAAUCGUCUCGCAUCGAAGAUGAGGCAAGGUCCGUUGCCAAAUUGUUUAAACAAGACAUUAUGUUCGUGUCUGUCGACACGGAGAUAGGAGCAAACCAAGCAGCGUUGGACAUGCUUAAUGUCAAAGAUGAGGAUGUACCGACAAUGCGCAUAGCCAAACCCGCCCGAAACAUCAAGAGGUUUGUUCCGGAAUCUAACGACUUGACCGCCGAGAGCAUCCAGAAAUUUGUAGAGGAUUAUUUGAGUGGCAAAAUCAAACCGCAAUUUCUAGGCGCGGAUUUGCCAGAAGACUGGAAGAAGGGCUUCGUUUAUACGCUUGUGAGCAGUAAUUUUGAAAGCGUCGUUUUCGAUACCGAAAAAGAUGUCCUAGUCGAAUUUCAUAAAACAUCAUGCGGGUACUGUAAACUUUUACAUCCAAUUUUGGAACAGGUUGGCGAAUACUUUAAGAGAGAUACACAUGUAAUUGUUGCAAAAAUAGAUAUAUCGGUUAACGAGAUCGAUGAUGAUAACUUUCAAAGCUUGCCGGCAUUGAAAUUGUAUCUUAGAGGCGACAAAAAAGUUAUUACUUACAAGGGUGCAAUUACAGUAGAAGCAAUUGCCAAUUUUAUAAAAAACCCAAACGCAGGGGAUAUUGGCAACGAAGAUAAAAGUCAAGAAGAGGAAGCAGAGGAGGAUGAAGAUUAUGUGGACGGAAUGAAAGAUGAGUUGUGAUAUCGUAGUUUUAAUAUGUCUUACUGUGA